AAUUACCCAUUGAAUAUCAUGACCAGCUCCAUCCCCGCAGAUGCCGCGUCAUCGCUCACCAUCGCCAUGCCUGACGAUACUUUGAAGCGUGAUGUCCGGAACCCAAUGCUCUUUGAGUGUGCAUGGGAGGUUGCUAAUAAAGUUGGAGGCAUAUACACAGUCAUCAAGACCAAGGUCCCCGUGACUGUCCAGACUUAUGGUGACCGCUACACCCUCAUUGGGCCCCUCGUUUACAAGACAGCUCCAAUGGAGGUUGAAUCCCAGGAGCCAACUGACCCCGCUUUAGUCGCUACACUCGAGUCCAUGAGAGCACAAGGUGUGAAAUGUCUCUAUGGACGAUGGCUCAUAGAGGGUGCUCCCCGAGUCCUGCUCUUCGAUACGGGCAGCCAAUAUCACCGUCUUGACGAGUGGAAGGCCGAUCUUUGGAAUCUUGCAGGCAUUCCCUCCCCCCCCAAUGACCACGAGACAAACGAGACCAUUGUCUUUGGUUAUCUUGUGGCAUGGUUUCUCGGCGAGUAUGUUGCACACAAAGCUCAUACAGCUGUAGUUGCACACUUCCACGAAUGGCAGGCAGGACUCGCCAUCCCCCUCGCUCGAAAACGCCACAUUGAUGUCACCACCGUUUUUACCACACACGCAACCUUGCUCGGUCGCUAUCUCUGUGCUGGAAGUGUCGACUUCUACAAUAACCUUGCCUACUUUGACGUCGACCACGAAGCUGGCAAGCGUGGCAUAUACCACCGCUACUGCAUCGAACGCGCCGCUGCACACUGCGCCGAUGUGUUUACGACUGUCAGUGGAAUUACCGCAUGGGAGAGUGAGCAUCUCUUGAAGAGAAAACCAGAUGGUGUCCUUCCAAACGGCUUGAACGUAGUCAAGUUCCAGGCAAUGCAUGAAUUCCAGAAUCUGCAUGCGACUUCCAAGGAGAAAAUCAAUGAGUUCGUUCGUGGGCAUUUCUAUGGUCACUACGAUUUCGAUCUCGACAACACCAUCUAUAUGUUCACAGCCGGUCGGUAUGAGUACCGCAACAAGGGCGUCGAUAUGUUCAUCGAGUCCCUUGCUCGUCUCAAUCACCGCCUCCAGCAGAGUGGGAGCAAGACCACAGUCGUCGCGUUCAUCAUCAUGCCCGCUACUACCAAUAGCUAUACCAUUGAGGCUCUCAAAGGUCAAGCGGUCAUGAAGCAGCUGCGCGAUACCGUUACUGAGGUACAAGCUCGUGUUGGCGCACGGCUGUUCGAGCAUGCCGCGCGGUUCCAUGGCGAGGGUCGCACCGUGGUAGCGCCAGAGGACCUGCUAAGCGCAGAGGACCAAGUCCUCUUGAAACGGCGCAUUUUCGCACUCAAGCGACACACACUUCCUCCGAUUGUUACACACAAUGUGGCAGACGACGCGAACGACCCGAUCCUCAACCAGCUACGUCGCGUACGUCUCUUUAAUACACCGGGAGACCGCGUCAAGGUCGUGUUUCACCCCGAAUUUUUGAACUCAAAUAACCCCAUCCUGGGUCUCGACUACGAGGAAUUCGUGCGAGGUUGCCAUCUGGGUGUAUUUCCGAGUUACUACGAGCCGUGGGGAUACACCCCCGCGGAGUGCACCGUGAUGGGUAUCCCUAGCGUGACAACAAACCUCUCCGGAUUCGGGUGCUUUAUGGCGGAUUCAAUUCAUAGUCCCUCUGACGAGGGCAUCUACAUUAUCGACCGACGCACCACCUCCAUUGACGACAGCGUCGACGCGCUCGCGAGCUCGAUGUUUAACUUCGUCAGCAAAACGCGCCGCCAGCGGAUCAAUCAGCGAAAUCGCGUCGAGCGACUUUCGCCACUUCUAGACUGGAAGAACCUGGGCCUUGAGUACGAGAAGGCCCGAAUGCUUGCGCUUCGGAGGGCGUACCCUGAUGCAUUCAUUGGCGCUGACGAGGACAACGGGGAAGAAGUGGACUGGGGUUUCGGAGAGUUCCCGCUUUCUGUCCAAGCUAGCCCGAGGCUGAGAAUCUCGGGACUCGCGACACCAGGCGACAUGGGAACGCUUACAGAGGAGAUGCAACGUUUGGAGACCAGUGAUUACAGGGGCCAUUGGUCUCGCACAGGGGAAGAUGACGAGGAUGAAUACCCCUUCCCUCUCGUCAUGAAAGUGCGCUCGCGCGCGUCAUCCGUGAUGUCUGGGGCAAGCACUCCUGGCGGUGGGGCAUUCAAAAGCCUCAGUGAGCACGACCUUCAAAAGGCAGACGCUGCGUUGAGCCAGGUGAACGGCGUAUCUGCUACCUCUCCAGUUGUGUAGGCGACGCAUCUCUGGCUGAGUGUAGGAUCCAAAUCCAUUGUCUCUGCGAUAUCAAUAUGAAUAACUCAAAGUUAACUGAUUGCUUGUGCUAGGAUUCGUAAGCCUUCAUGUCACGCAUGCUCUAAUGUCCUCUAGAUACCCUAUGUUGGCCUGGUUUUUGACUUCCAGAUCUCAUGUUACAUACUUCCGCCUGUCACCAUCUUUAUCAUGAUCUAUGUUCCAUUAUCGAGAUUGGUACCCAUGUCUGCUUUCAUGUUUUCCCCCUCUAUCGACGACCAUCGUAUGCCUUAACCAAAAUGUUACAUAUCUAGCGAUUUAACAUACGUAUCAUGAACUUAUGUAUCAAAGCUCCCAACCGAGCUUCAGAACUUACAUUCAAUGGAAGAGGUGGCGAAGAUGAGCAUUUUACGUAAAACUAC